UGGAGCCGCAGCAGCUGUCUGUCUGCCUGCCACUCGCCUUUAAUGCAUAGCCUUUGCAGGGUCAAGAUGCAGUUUCGGACUGUGCUGGACGUGAAAGUCGUGGACGUGGAGAAGAGACGCAAUCCGUCCAAACACUACGUCUAUCUCAUCAAUGUCACCUACUCUGACAACACCUCCCACAUCAUCUACAGAAGAUACAGCAAAUUCUUUGACCUCCAGAUGCAGAUACUCGACAAGUUCCCAAUUGAGGGAGGGCAGAAAGACCCAAAGAAGAGGAUCAUCCCAUUCCUUCCAGGCAAAAUCCUGUUCCGGAGGAGUCAUGUGCGAGACGUGGCCAUGAAGCGACUGCGUUUCAUCGACGACUACUGCAGGGCGCUUGUGAGACUCCCUCCUCAGAUUUCACAGAGCGAGGAGGUGCUGCGCUUCUUCGAGACAAAAGCUGAGGACAUCAACCCCCCUGUGGAGGACUAUGGCUCCAAGCGCAAGUCGGUAUGGAUGUACGGCUUUACAGACAGCCCGAGGAAAGAGGCCUCAGGGAUUGACAGCUCGGAGCCCAUGGUGCUGGAGCAGUACGUGGCUGUGGCCAACUACGAGAGGCAGGAAAACUCGGAGAUAAGCCUCAAAGCUGGAGAGACGGUGGACGUGAUUGAGAAGAGCGAAAGCGGCUGGUGGUUCGUCAGCACAGCAGAGGAGCAGGGCUGGGUGCCGGCCACAUACCUGGACUCCCAAAAUGUAACCAGAGACGACUUGGACUUGGGCACCUCGAGGACUGGAGAAGUUACUAAAAGACGCAAGGCUCAUCUGAAGAGGCUGGACCGCCGCUGGACCCUGGGCGGGAUAGUGAACCGCCAGCACAGCAGAGAGGAGAAAUAUGUGACGAUUCAGCCGUAUACCAGCCAAGGGAAGGAUGAAGUCAGCUUUGAGAAGGGGGUCACCGUGGAGGUCAUCCAGAAGAACCUAGAGGGCUGGUGGUUCAUCAGAUACUUAGGAAAAGAAGGCUGGGCCCCUGCCUCAUACUUGAAAAAGGUGAAAGAGGACUUCUCUCCUCGCAAGAAGACCCUGACAGGCCCUGUGGAAAUCAUCGGCAACAUCAUGGAGAUCAGCAACCUGCUGCAGAAGAAGUCGGUCAGUGAGAAGGACAUCCAGACGGAUGGAGAAGCAGGCACCUCACCCGAGCGACACAUCUCAAAGAGUGAGAUCAGCCUGCCCAUGCCCUUUAGUGCUGAGAUUAAUGCAGAGACAGGCAGGAGGCUGAGUGCCGGGCGAGACACCAACAGCCCAUGUCUAGGAAUAGCAGCGAGCGCUGCACUCCGAGAAAGUAAAGCGAGAGGAGAGCCAGGGUCCCCAGCUGUCGCUAGAGUGGCGCCACAUCGAGUAGAAAUUGGAUUCGAUGCUGUAGGCUCUCCAAAUCUGAGACAGAAACCUCCCCCAAGAAGAGAACCCAACCUUGGAUUCCAGUUACCUAAGCCACCAGAGCCCCCUGCUGUGGAAGCAGAGUAUUACACCAUAGCAGAUUUCCAGUCCUCAAUCUCCGAUGGCAUCAGUUUCCGUGGAGGACAAAAGGCUGAUGUCAUAGAGAAGAACCCUGGGGGCUGGUGGUAUGUGCAGAUUGGAGAGAUGGAAGGCUGGGCCCCCUGCUCCUACAUCGACAAGCGCAAGAAGCCAAACCUCAGCCGUCGGACCAGCACCCUGACCCGGCCUAAAGUCCCUCCUCCUGCACCGCCAGUCAAAAAACAAGACUCUGAAGAAACUCCUCCCCCCUCUAGCUCUGCUCCAAAAGUUGCAGAGCCACAGACCAGGCCUGUGUACGAGGAACCUGAAUACGAUGUUCCAGCAGUCGGUUGUGAAGGUGAAUCAGACACAGAUUCCCUGAAGGAUGAGCGCUCCCUGGAUGUGAAGAUCAGCAACGUGGUCAGCGACAAGUACCGCAGUUCUCCUCCUUCUUGCAAGGCCUCUCCUCCUGUGUGCAAAGCAUCCCCUGUCUUCACUCGCAGAAGAGCUUCCUUUAGGUCUGUGGAGGAAGUGGCAAAAGAGGAAUGCAUCUAUGAGAAUGAUGGCUUCAGGCCUAGCAGUGGCAUUGAAGGCACUGCAGUCAAAGGUGCCAGUGAGCCAAAUUCCCCACGACUCUACCAUUCAUCCACAGUCCCACGCAAACCCUCUGGAUCUUCACCUUUAGCUGGUAGACCCAUGAAGACCAUGACCCCAGAGAUGAACAGAAGAAGUCAGACCUUGGGCAGACACAUCGAUAUCAGUCUUAGGUCCCAGGACAACAGCCCACACUCUUCUUCAGAUGAACUAACCAGAGGACCCAAGAAAGUUCCUGCCUUCAACCGGGAUGUAGAGCUGAGAAUUGGCCAGAGCCCUUCAACCAGACCCAAGCCAUCUGUGAGACCAAAACCCCUUCUGACCAAAUCUGAACCCCAGAGUCCUGAGAGGAUGGACAUCAGUUCUCUGAGACGACAGCUGAGGCCUACAAGUCAGUUUCGGCAUGGGCUCAAAUCCCGUGGGGAAGACUCUGAAACUGCUUCUGUUAUCUCGUCAGAAGAUUCAAUGUGUUCCCGCAGCACUUCAGAUCUCUCCUCUGUUUACUCCAAAGGGAGCCGGGGGGACUCAGACGUGGAAGGCCCCAAUAUGUACCGCUCCCUUGAUGCAUACAAGAAGGUCCAGGACUCUGAGAUCAGCUUUCCAGCCGGGGUGGAGGUGGAGGUUCUGGAGAAGCAGGAGAGUGGAUGGUGGUACAUCCGUUGGGGAUCUGAUGAAGGUUGGGCCCCGUCGUACUAUCUAGAACCUGUGAGACAAGCAGCUGAUGGGGGCCGCCUAGAAUCAGAUGGGCAUGGGAGUGGUGGGAGUAAGUCCAACAGCCUGGAGAAAAACAAGCAGCACGUUCUGGCUCUCAACAACAUCAAUAUCCAAGGUCUAAACCAGCAGCAUCAAAGCCUGAGGAGGAACACUCCGCCCAUCCCAUCAAAGCCUCCUGGUGGCUUUCAGAAGCCAUCUGGGAUGGUAAACGGAGGAGUUCGGAUGAGGAAUGGGGUACGCCAGGUGGCGGUAAGGCCCCAGUCUGUAUUUGUGACCACAACUCAGCCACCCAAGGAUGGACACUACAUGACAGGCUCUCUGAGGCGGAAUGAAUCGCUGGGUAGAAGUGAUCACUAUGGAUCUGGUUCUGCCACUUUGGGUGUGCGCAGAAAUGCCUCCUUCAGCACUGUGCGGCCACAUGUGGUUGUUGAAAGUCAGACAAGGCCCGCAGAGCGCUCCAGCCUUGGGUCAUCUGGGAGCGCGUUCAGUACAGGAAAUGUCCAGGAGGCCCUGAGCAGAGUUAACCAACGCAACGGCAUCCCCGUGUCUACAGUCCGACCCAAGCCCAUAGAGAAGAGCCAGCUGAUUCACAAUAACCUCGGCAGGGAUGUGUACGUAUCCAUCGCUGAUUACAGGGGCGAUGAGGAAACUAUGGGAUUCACUGAAGGCACCUGUCUGGAGGUUUUGGAGAGAAAUCCCAAUGGAUGGUGGUACUGCCAGGUGCAAGACAGCCUGCUUCCCCGCAAGGGCUGGGUCCCAUCCAACUACCUUGAGCGGAAAAAAUAAGACCAUCCCUACCCUACCCCCUCCUUUUUUGAUGUCUUCAAGGACAUGGGUGGCAUCAUUUCUUAAGAAUGUUACCCACAAUCUCCCGUAAGCAAUAUGUCCUUGAAAAUGUAAAUUUUAAAAAGACUGUGUGAAAAGAAAGAUGUUUUAAUCUGUUUCGGAAGAACACUUUUAGUGCUGGUUUACUAAAAUGUACACAAAGGAACGUUACAAUUUUAAAUAUUUUGGUUGGAAAUGUUGGUUUGGUCACCUUCAGUGAAAAAGUUUGAGGAGGACGGUGUCUGUGAGAUAUAAAAUGGAUGUGAAUGGGAGUGAUAACCUCUUUAAGAGGUUUGGAUCAUGUAAUACCGAAGUUGAGCAGGGUAAUGGCUAUGCUUAUUCCUGCCCAUUAUUGACUAUGAUGGCCAAUAAGUGCCUUUUGUGUUUGUUCACCUGAAUGGAGGUCCUAAAUGGUGGAUGGCAAAACAGUAAAUCAACCAAAUCUUCUAAGAGUGCCAUAGAUGUAUGAACACCACCAAGAGUAUUUCCAUGAUUAAUAAAGAGCUCCACAGAAAAAAGUUUGACCUGGAGCUCUCUAACUGUUCCAAGAUUGAAUCUCCAGAUUCAGCAGAGAAUUUAUUCUUUUUAAGUCACAAAUCAUCGAGCAAACUAAAUCAUCAUGUUAAUCACGUUAUCAAGUAUUUUUAGUUUCAUUGUUUAUGUUUAAUGUCUCGUGUUAAUGUUAGUUUUCCUUAGAGAAUAAUUUCUGCUCUCUUGUUACAUCGGUUCUGACUUUUUAAAAGUUUAAUUUUGCCUUUUAUCAUCAACCAACAACAGGCAUAAUAUACCUUAGGUGCUCCGGUUUGAUAAAGGCCUCCAUGCCCUGGAUAAAAAUAUAUAUUUAUGUAUCUUUUAAACUCCCAAUUGUAAAUAUUUGGAGUAACAAAUUUAUGAAAAAAGCCUGCAGAACUUGAAAAUAUUUAAAAAGUCAGAUACUUAAGUUUCCUGGAAAGUAUGCUUCUUCAUUACUAUCACCUUAAAUUCUCUCCAGAACAAAUCACCUCAGAGAAAUUAACUUAACAAAGGUUUACAUUUACUCUAAUGCUUUUACCUCCAGGAACAAUUGCUUUAUAUGUAUUUUGUUUUGUAGACAUACAAUGAUACAGCUGUACAUGUAUUGAAAUACUGGAAAUGCAAUGUUUAAUUGAAUCCCAGGGACAUAUUUACAAAGGUUAUUAACAUUUGACAUGUUUAAUGAUUUGCUUAUUUACUUUUUUAUACAAGAAUUAGAUGGUAUUUUAAACUAAAGUACAUUUCAGGACAUAAAAUACAUUUUGCUAUCAGCACCUGGGAGCACUUGAUACUAAUCUAAGAAAAAAGGGUAAGGAGGGAUUUUAAGAUUUCAAAAAAUGUCUCAUCAGUCACCUUAAAUGAUGAAAUAAGAAAUUAUUCUUCAAGUAAAGUGAGAGAAUUUUAUAGUUUGAGCUUGAGUCAAAAUUCAAAAGGCUGAUGUUCAAGACUGCUGAAAUCAUUUUCUAAUGAAAAAUGGGAGCACUCUGUCUGACGGUACAGUCACUCUGAAUCUGUCUGUCUAAAGCCAACAGAGCGUCGUGCUCCGCCCACCUCUGCUCUGUUACCUACAAUUUUUUUUUAAUUAUGGUGUAUUUUCAACAGGACUGUAUACAGUAAGGUAGGGGUACCAUACAGCAACUGAUGUUACUUUUUCAUGGAUGAAUUUCACAUAUUGAAGAAGAAUCACUGCAUAGGAUUCCCAAAAUGCUUUGCGUGUAGCUUGUGUCCACUGGGAGCACAAGCACAAGCACACCUUUUUUUUUAAAAGAUAUUUUUAGGGGGUUUCUGCCUUUAUUCAGAUAGUCAGGAAAAUGGAUGGUAGAGUUGGAGUGGGACAUGUGGGAAAGAAGCUGCAGGCCAGACUUAAACUUGAGCCACAUGUGUAAAUGGGGCGUGACCUAACCACUUGGCUGUCAGCACCCAGAGCUGGUACUUCAAAAAUAUAUAUAUUUUAGUUGGCAAUUAUCCACCACAUCUCAGUCAUACAGUGCACUCAUAGCCAUCCUUUCUUGUUCUAGGAAGAGUCUUCUGGAAUAUUCUGCAUAUCCCACUCCUACAUAAUCAAGCAAAACAGAGUCCUAUGUGAUAAAAUAGUCCUAUUUUCCCUCUGGACCACAAUGUUAAAUAUGUUUCCAAAUGGAAGACUGGCUUUUGUUCCUGGUUUGCAAAACUCAAAGAUUUAGUAUCAAGCCAGACAGAAUCUGGAUCAUUUCGUAUCCAGUCAAUCAAACAUCAAAACUUAGAAGCAAGCUGAUACAGUUCGAUGUUUGGGACCACCAACCCUCCCUGAUCCGCUGGUAAAUGCAGUUCCAUCAGUUUAUGGCAUGGAUGUCAAACUCAGUCACCGCAGGAGCUGAAUUCUGAAUUUGGGGUUAACUUUACCAUAAACUUUCAACCUAAUUUUCACCAGCAAUGAAUCAUGGGGGAAAAAACCUUAGCACUGAUUAUAAAAGAUUUUGACAUUGAAAAA